ACUUCAACGAGGGUUGUGCAGCAAUGAAAAAAAUUGGCGUACCCAAUUUCCUCUCCAAAAUUGGCGUGAUAGUUACCAUUCUCUUUAUUGUAAUACAAGAUUCGCUUCAACAAGACCCAGGCCAAAUUGCGGAGGGUGGCUUCAAAAAUUUUAUGUCCGACGUUAUCUCAAAUUUUCCGGAAUGGAUCAGGGAAAAUAGGUUGGAUCCUACUCCCCCGAUAACUCAGGUGUUCUCAGUCGAUAUUGAUACAGGACCCAUCUCCCUGAGAGGAAGCAUUUACAACGUCUCAGUUAUUGGUUUGUCAAGCAUUGAUAAUUACACGUUUGAGCCUUAUUACACAUCAUAUGCGACUCUUCGGAUCGGAAUGCGUGUAUAUUUGCGACAUGGUGGAAUUCAAGGAAAUUACAAUGUAACUGGACAAGCCGUUGAGACGUUCCCGCUGAAUGUAACGAGUACGUUUAAGGUGGUUUCAGACAACCUUAAAAUCAAUAUUUUCAUCCGCUUUACACAAACGAGUGGAAGGAUUAUUUUACUAAACUUAUCAACAGUCUCGACAAGCACGUAUAACGAUUUCGAAUUUGAGAAAAUUUCCCUAUCAGCGAAGUUUGACAACCUGUUUGACCUUUCACCCACGAUAACACCCGAAUAUGAAAAAUACGUAACCGACCAUCUUGCCACGAUACUGGCAGAGAAGAUAACCGUAUUUUUCGAUCCCUUAUUAUGCAGGGUAUGCACGUAAAGUUCUCGGUGAGUAAGUUUUUUGUCGGAAAUUUUACGAAUGUAUUUCGGUCUGAAAGAAUCGCAAAGUCCGUACACCUAGCUAAUUAAGUACCUCACAAUGACACAAUUUUUCAAGCUAUACCGUGAUUUUUCUAACGAGUUAUCUAUUGAUAAGCUGGAAAUGUUUGCCUGCAACGGAAGUGAAAGUAAUUUUUCGUGACGGAAGUAAAAAUGGAGAAAGUUUCACUUCCCUCGUCAUUCCCUCGCAUUUCUAGCUAAUUUUAUAGCAAAAAGUGAUUCCCUGGAAUUAUGAACAAUCCGACUUAAUUUUCACGAAAUCAAAUAAGCUCUCGCCCGGCGGGAGACAGCUUACACGUUAGUAUCAAAUAACAUGUAAAGUCAAAAAUUAGGAAUCAUACAUAUAUAUGACACUUAUGUACCUUCCCUUCGAAGGCACACUUCAAACAUUUGCGGUACAGUUUACGCGUCCGGUUCGGUUUUCACAAUCUGGAGGAAAAGAUGACAGGAAAUUAAACAUCGCCACAAAUAUUUUUCUUCAAAGCGGUCAUUCUAACGAAAGAUAAGUGCCAUGGUUCCAAAUUAUUGGCUCGAUUGUUUGACAUGACUUGUUAGAAAUGCUCGGUAUACAUAGCUUAAUAACGGCUAGUUUCUCAGUUGCGUUAUGUUUCAAGCUGGGGUGUCCGAUUUGAUUUAGAUUAACUGCAAUUUUAGACAUUUGUUUGUGGCCAUGAUCCUAAUAAUCAUUUUUACUCGAAGAGUAAAUGACCAUCUCUAUGUGUCCAUGCGCAUGCUUUGUGAUAGUAACAGAUAUGUGUUUAACAUUAUAUCCUGCAAGGGACAUUCACGACCUGGGUACCUACAAUGUUUCUUAUAUGAGUAACCAGGAAAUAAGAAUGGAUCCUUCAUCCGGGGUCCUAGUAGAUUCUAAAAAAACAUACUGGGUACCCUGGACUCAAACGCCAGGUUGUGAGUGUCCCCUGUUAGAACCGUCCGUUCUACCAACUACAACUACACCAACUACAACUACACCAACUACAACUACACCAACUACAAACAAAAAAAACCAACUACAACUACA